AUGGGUAGGAAGUCAAAGAAUAUUAAAGUUGUUCAUAAGAAUCACCAAUGUGAAAAAGAUUCGGAAAUUAUAUCGUCAGAUUUACGUUCAAACAUAAAUGAAAAGGAUGAAGAGGAAAAAAUAUUAGAAGCAAAAGUUUUUGGUGAUAUAAAUCCAUUUAAUGAUGAAUUAAAGAAUGCUUUGACAGAAACUUAUGAUUUUCAUGAUUCUAUAUGUCUCAAUAGUGAAGCUGUUGAUUUUUCUUUACUUCAAGAUCAUGAGCUUUUUUAUGUUGAUACUUCUGUUGACCAGAAGAAAUGUGAUUAUUCUUUAAGCAAAUCAUUUGCGUUAAAUGUUGUUGACAAAGGAUUUGCAUGGGAAGAUAGUGAUGAUGAGAGAUUGGUUAUUUCUUUGACAUCUAUGGGAAGAUUACGGAAAUUACGAAGAUCUGAGACAGAUGAUACGAUUAAUGGUAAAGAGUAUUGUAUGCGUUUGAGAGAGCAGUUGUUUGAAAGGGUAAAUCCUGUUCCCGAUUGGGCAGUUUCAAAGUUUUUGAAUGAUCAAGAUUUAAAACAAGAUGAAGAUAGUAAUUAUGGAAUUUCUGAAGACUCUGGAUUCGUUGAUGAUGUUUCCAUAUUUGAUAAAUCUUUAAAGUCAUUGUUGAUGUCUUCAGAAGGUUAUGUUAGAAAAACAACGUCGUCAACAUUGCCUCCUACAACUAUCAAUAUAAAAAGAUUAAGAGAUGCAAAUUUUUGUUCACCUUCAGAAUCUGCAAUUUUAUCAUUAUCUUUUCAUUCAUUUUAUCCUUUAUUAUUAUCAGGUGGCUAUGAUCGUAUUUUAAGGAUAUUUCAUAUUGAUGGAGAUGUUAAUCCUCUUGUUUCAUCUCUUUAUCUUCGUUCAUCUUCUAUAGAAACUGCAGUUUUUCAUCCAAAUGAUAAUAAAAUAAUGGUAGGCGGUCGAAGAAAGUAUUUUUAUAUUUGGGAUCUUGAAAGUGGAGAUAUUAGAAAGGUUAGUAGAACCUAUGGGCAUGAUGAUACUUUUGUUACUAUGGAAAAAUUUUCUCUUAGUCCUUGCGGAAGGUUUAUUGGCAUUAUUGGAAAUAAAGGGUGGUUUAAUGUCUUGUCUUCUAGAACUGGACAAUGGAUUACUGGGUUUAAGAUAGAAGGCGAUAUUAGUAGUAUUUCUUGGUUUAAAUCUGGUAAAGAAAUAUGUAUUGCUAAUAGGAAUGGUGAAAUAUGGGAGUGGGAUAUUAUGUCACAGAAAGUUUUGUCAAGAUGGAAUGAUAAUAAUAAUGUUUGUACUACUAAAAUAUCUUUGGGUGGUUUUGAUGAUAGGUGGUUUGCAGUUGGAAGUAAUACAGGUGUUGUUAAUGUUUAUGAUAGAAGGGGUCUUUUUGGUGAAUCAAGUAAACCAUAUCUUUAUAAAACAUUAGAUCAUUUAACAACAUCUAUAAAUACGUUAGAGUUUUCACCUGAUGGACAAAUACUUGCUAUGGCAAGUAGAGAGAAAUCUGAUUUUCUAAGAUUAAUACACUUUCCGACUGGAUCUGCUUAUAGGAACUGGCCAACUGCUUCUACACCUCUUGGACGUAUUAGUGCAGUUAAGUUUUCGCCUCCGGGAAGCGAAAUAACGAUUGGUAAUGAAACUGGGAAGAUAGGGUUAUGGCGUUUUGCAUACUACUAUUCAUAG